UUGAUUCAAGGCAUUUACAAUGAAAACUCCCCUUGUAUUAUUGCUUCUAGUGGGUCUUAUAAUCUCUGUUGCUAAUGCAACCAGGCCUCUUCAAAAAACUCCAGGAAACUCCAGCUUAGAGUACUAUAAUGGAGGCGGCGGAGCGCGUUGCAGAAAUAACAGCGAGUGCACGGCCUUCAUGAAUAUGCAGAAUAGCGCUCGGGCAGAAGUAGGAGAGGAGCCUUUCGCAUGGGACCAUAAAGUUGAGUCUUACGCCCGCUGGUGGGCAGAGCAACGAAGGGAAGAUUGCCAGCUGCUGCACUCGGAUGGGCCCUAUGGCGAGAACAUUUUCUGGGGUAGCGGCUCAGACUGGACUCCUGUGGAUGCUGUUCAGGACUGGCUUGAAGAAAAGGAGUAUUAUAAUUACGAGAGCAAUAGUUGCGAGAGUGGUGAGAUGUGCGGCCACUAUACCCAGAUUGUUUGGAAUAACACCCAAGUUAUAGGGUGCGCCAGGGUUGUGUGUUACAGUGGUGAUGUUUUCAUGACAUGUAAUUAUCAUCCUCCUGGUAACUACAUUGGUGAGAGACCAUACUGAUACUGAUAAAAAACUGCCCUUCUCACCUUGUUUUAUAAUAUUCUUUAACACAGAGGAAGGGGCUGCAUUAUAAGAGAAAGUAAUAUUGUAUUUCGAUAAGAUUAAAUGUAUAUAGGUUGUGCGUUUGGCAAUUCUGUGGGUUUGUGUAUAACCGUAAAAACGAUUAUCUG